UACGAAUAUAAAUUCUCUUAGGAUUAGAUGCAGAAGUAUGCAUUUUUACUACAUAAAACAUUAUUCAUCUCCUUUGCAAAUUUUCCAAUUUUUUUCGCAUAGCAACGUACAUCCGGUUCUUCAAGUCUCUAACUUCAGUUUGACCAUGGAUACUGAAUGUGCACAACGUGAUGGAAAAUCCAUCAUGAACUUCCAUCAUGGAAGCACAACGCUAUUAAAUCUCAAAUCCAGAAUUAAAAGUCAUGAGAAACUUUCCCCAUUUCAUGGCAUUCUAGAUGACAUGUUACUUCUUGGAUUUCUCAAUGGGAAAAAUUUCGACGUAGAUGCAACCAUACUUUGUUUGGAGAAUUAUAUCUACAUGAGAACUGUAAAGUAUAGGAAGCAGCUUAGACCUUUUCUGCCAUCGACAGAUGUAUUACUGGAUACAGAACUGACCAGGGUUUUAAAGAAUAGGGAUCAAAAUGGGAGAUUUGUGGUGAUCGUUAAAUAUGAAGCGUGGAAUCCGUCGGUGUCCUCUUCUCAGGAUGUGGUGGCGUCAGUAGUAUUUUUCGUAGAUGAACUAACUCGGUCCUAUGCGACGACCUGCAGUGAAGUUAUAUUCAUUGGCGACUGUAAAAAUUUCUCCUUCGCCCAAGCUCAACAAGCCGGACCAAGAAUCAUCAUGCAAGCUGUGGACUUAUUUGUUAAAUGUAUCCCAUCUCGUCCAAAAGCGUUUCACUUUGUUAACGAAAACGUGUUUGUUAGUGGACUUUUUUACAUUCUCAGGAGUUUUUUGUCAAAGAAGCUACGAGAACGGCUGCAUAUACAUUCAUCCAAUCUCGAAUUAUUGCACGAACACGUGCCAAAAGAAAUCUUACCGGAAUCUUUAGGAGGUGACCUGCUCAAUAAGGAUGCAUACGACGAGGAAAUAAGAGCUAGGGUUAGGGCGACUGAUGAAUUCUAUAAAAGAAUGGCUGAUAUACAAUCUGCCACAGGUUAAGGAAGAACAUCAUCUUCAUACAUACGCACAAGCAUAAUGUGCACACGACAAUAUGCAAAAUGCAAAUAUGCAUAAAUAAUGACAAUGCAAUGUUAAUAUCUGAUUAAUUUUGAUAAUGAACAUUUAUCAAAGCAAUAAAUCUUCAAUUCUUAAGUCAA